UUAAAGGAAGGUUCGUGCGAGGCCUUCGCAGGCUCUGAAUUUUAACUUAUCCUGCAGAUCUGCGUGAAGACACAAGAAAGGUGUGCAUUUUCUUCGAAUUGCUUUGAACUUACAAAGCGGGGUCCUAAAUAGGAGAGUGAAUUUUGAAGGCACAUUUAUCUACAACUUACUCAUGGCGUCAGUGAAGGAUAUGGAGUUCUGGGUCGUCGAUGGCAGUUCCAUAGAGUACUUGGACCUAAGAACAUGCGAAUUUCAACGUGAGAAAAUACCACGCGUAGUUUCCUCUUUUGAUCUGAGUCUUCGAUCUACUCCCCCGACUGCCCCUUAUGUGCCAUUGAUUCCAGUUUUCGUAACAAAGUCGGGCAGAAAGAGUGUUUCAUUCCCUGAUUGGACAACCACGGUUUUUUUCGACUUCAGCAGAAGUAUAUUACAAAAACUUGAAUUGAUCUGCGAGGAAGAUAUAGCAAAGUUGUAUGUAAGUCAUUUGAGAGCGUUCUGUCAUUAUGUGGCGAGAUCUUUUUAUCCUGCUAUGUGCUUUUCAAUCAGUUUAUCCCCGCAAAGGAAGUGUAGAUCUCUCCGAACAUCCAGGAUAAAGUUAAUCAACUCACUUAAACUGGAAGCGACAUGGAAGCUAGUAGAGAUUCUCUUCGGCAAAGUUCGUUUAGAUUCUGGCGUUAUCAUGGAUAUCCUGGACCCAAUAUGCUCGUGGAAAAAAUUAGCACAGAUUUCCCUUAAGAGCGAUCCUGCCAUAACGGAUUCUAUUUUAUCUCAUCUUCGAAGGAAUCAACGUUGGGUGACGACGGAGGAGUUGAUAAAAUUUUUUUCUUCGAAUUACGUGAACGUAGCAAGACCAAAACAUAUUUUGGUCUUCCUUAACCAUGGAUUUAAGAACAUGUAUAAUCCUGUGUCAGGCGACACUCUCUUACUUUGGAGGAUUUCAAGCGAUCGAAAUAUAAAACCCCGUUUUCGGAGAAUCUAUCAUGAAAUCUUGGCUUGCUUUAUAAGAAGAAUGUCCAUGGACAAAAGGGAAGCUUUGAUUCUUGAAAUGUGCGCUAUGUUCUUCUGCAGCGGCGAAAGAGAUUUGUCUAAUUACAUUGAGAGUAUGUGUUACAUAUGGAGAUCCAUUCCGGAUGUUUACAUUACACUCGAAGAGAUAAAACAUACGCUUUUUAAGUUCUUGGAUAUCGAAAAUGACGAAUUUGUGGAAGAAAUAUGUCAGGAACUCCAGAGGCGGGGGUUUAACGGCUUUGAAGUCAAACAAGAGACGAAUAGCGCUCAGACAAGCGAAGAACCCGAGAGCGAGAUAGGCGAUUUUUUGUUUGCCGAUUCACAUUUAUCGGAAGAAUAUGAUAGUCCUGACGAUCGGCUUAGUGUGCAUGAUUAUUUCGGAGAUGCGAAAAGAUGUUCAAGUGAUUCGAAGUUCCAGCUGCUGGAUGAACAAUUUUGUACAAAUUCACUGCUUUCCAAAAAUCCUGACAGCCUUAUCUCUCUACCAAGAGGUGUGUUUCUUCCAUAUAGGUUUACAGAUACAUACUAUUUCCUUCGAGGUGUUUCUUUUAACUUAAUUCUUUUCACUAGCGUUGUAAACUCCUUGAUUGACCCUGACAAACCCACAUUUCAACCGCGCUGCCAGUUUGGCCGUAAUCUAAGCAAGGCAGAAGAAGUAUUGGCUCUCACUUCACAGCGCUCAGAAGAGCCUGACGAUCCCCUUCAUGAGCCAAGGAAUCCGUUGCAAUGCUCUCGAAAAGCGGCCACACAUUCUAUAACUCAAAAUUCACAAUCGACAAGAGAUAUAGAAAAUAGAAAUUCCCUGUCUUCUCAAGCGCCAAAAAAUUAUGAGAUGUCUAACUUUGAACUAGGAAAUUUAUCUGAAUCACCUGCACACAGAGAACAAGGAACUGGAAAACUUUUAUUUAGAAUAAAGGAUCAAAUACACGACUUAAGAGGCCUGAUCAGAAAAUUGCUGAUUCAUAAAUCCCGAUUGACAGAAGAUUCUCUCCCUCAAGCAAGACAUCUGCCUAAAGGCAAAAUCAGAAAUUCAUCGAUUUCCAGUUCAAAGUUACCGAAAAAACACGACAAUUUUAUAAUUCUCCCAAGUCUGUUGCUGGAUUCCAGAAGUGCGAGCAGGAGAAAUUCACGUGGUUCUCAUUUUCAGUUGCCAGAUAAAGGAUCUCGCAUUACCCCUCCAACGAAAGUUCACUUUCACUCAAAAGUGGCAGUGAGGUACGGAGCUACUUAUAAUUCCUAUUUGCCAGAAGAAACUCUUGAUCACCCUAAUACAAAUUAUCCGUUUUCUCAGGUGGCAGAAAAUUCUGAGAUCCCUUUCUCUCGAGCCAAGAACGUAGCCGAAUCUCGUAUCAGAACUGUAAUGGCUCGCAUUUGGACCCUACCAGGACUUUGGAGCACUGAACGCCUGCUUGCUCCAAAAGACAAACUCACAACUAUGGUCAGAGAUUCGCUGAUUCGUAUUUUGCAGUGGACGGAAGAUUCUGCAAAUCCAUAUAUUCAAAAUUUACAAUUACCAGAAGACCCCAACAUUCAAAGAAGCAGCCUAUUUCUCUGUAACCCAGACGAUAUGGGAGAAGUACCGAAUCACAUUUUAACGUUUCCUGACGAGCUCGACGCUAUGUAUCCAACGGACAACCAAUUGUUUCUUUCGUUUACUCGAGAAUUGAACAGGAAUAAUCCACAAUGGACAGAAGACCCACUCUUCGACGAAGCCGUUCGAACUAUGGAAAAUAUGGCCCGUCUCGCAUACCAUCAAUGGCUAGAUGAAUGGCAUGCAACCUCUACAGACACUCAGGUUCGAAAUUUCGAAUUGCCGAAAACGACUGACCAUGCCGGCCACCAACCUAGGCGUCUAUUACACUAUACCCGAUGUGUGAUCAGGGAUGCACUGAUUCUCAAUUCGCAGCUACCACAAGGGAUUACACUUCUCAACUUACCCGAGCGAUUGCAAUCAUAUUUAAAACUGGAACUAUAAAUUUUUCCUUCGUGGUGUAAUCUUCAUUCGAAAGCGUUUCACACGAUGCAUUCGCUUUUAUAGUUUGUCCAGAAACUUGUUUUGCAACAUUGUUACAUAGAUGUAUGCAUUUUCUUUUUGUAAUAAGAUAAUACCAUUAAAUUUUUCAAUUUUCAA